GUUGGCUCGUCUGGAGUAUUCAGGAGUUUCAGUCUCUAAUGAAGCUUCAGCGCUAACAUCUCACUGGUUCCUGCAAUAAACUCAGACUUCCUUCAACAAGUUAACUAUGGUGUAAAACAUCAGUAUGUGUAGCGACCAGAGGAUCCCUUUCUCUCCUCUCUGGAAAUCUCCAUGAACCUUAACGACGCAGCCGCAGCCUGGAGGCGCCGUGAAGCUCAUCAUUAAAGCACAAGUCGCUGACCAUGCAGGACGCUGCGUUUCACUGACACACGUGUAUGUCAUUAGAUGACACGGGGAGGUUGUGGGGCUCCAUUUGUGUCCUGCAGGGGAAAUGAUGAUGAUGGUGUAAGAGGAGGGGGGACCGUGACGCCUCUCUGUCCUCCGUCCACAGGAAGACUGGAUGAGAUUGAUUCGGGCUUUGCGCAGUUUGUUCGCCCUCGUCGCAGCAGAAAGGAAAACGGGCUGGUUCUGUGUCUGAAAUGUCUCACCGCUGGAAAUGCAGCUCCACGUUUGUCUGUUGCUCUUUUUCUUUACAACAGUCUUUGUAUUAAUGCCUACUUAACAACCAAUAUCGUCAAGUACGUGAAGAAACUGAAGGGCCAGGGGCGGCUUAGCCCCCCAGGUCCUGGAUUCAAAACUUCAGGAUAAGAGAUAAAGUGAGACAUCAUCAGUUCAUCCUGACUUUAUCCGUUUCACAAAAACCAAACCUGGUUCAGGAGGUGCAGCAUGUCAAGCCAGGCUUAAGUAAUUCAGAUAAAGCUGUGACAUUAUUGCACCAACACUGUGGUGGAAAUGUCACCUUGGAUCAAGAACCUGAAGGCCACAUCACUCUCCUUCUACCUGGAUUCUUUAACCACACCGGUAGCCUCAGCCCCAGGAGCCAGCAAUCGGAGGAAAGCUUACCGCUUUCAAAUUGCACUUGGCUGUUGGGCAUUCCUCUGAGGAAGAAGAUACUUUUACAGUUAAAAUGGACAGAAAGUAAUUGGAGGAUCUCGCUGAGAUGUGUUGAGGAAGAUCAGAUCCUACAGAGUCAUGGGGAAAUAGCAUUGCUCUCUGACUGUGAUGAAAAUAAAGCUGUCCUCAGUUGGAAAGGGCCAAGAAUUUCCUCAAAUUCAAUUCAUCUGACUUAUUGUGUUCAGGAAGCUGAGAGAAAUUCCUCAGAGGGCCAAUCAAUUCACCAACAGCAGCAGGACCCUACUUGGUCUGUGAAAGGAGCCACCAAUGAAAGCAUUUACACAGCUGCCCAGAGGGUGAUGAAGGAUACAACAGAGGGCAGAGGUCGUGUCCAUGAAGGGCAAAUUUGUAAUUUUGACACUCGCUCUGCAUCUAGCACCUUCUCUCACGACAAGGAGUUGCUGCAGCCGACCUCAUCCCAGAGGGGACUCCUACUAUCUGGGAGAACUGAUAGGGAAACUCUCCCUCUUCCUGAGGAAAAAUGGAACAAUGAAGCGGAUACAUCUGGAGCGACUCACCUCGCUGUCGCUCCCACGACUGCCAUAACACACCCAUAUUUUCAGCCUGCAGUCAGUACAGACACCAAAACAGAAAAUCCUACUGACUUAGCCCAAGCGCAAACUGAGACAUCCUGGACAGACACGAAGGUCACUCUUUCCGUUACCACAGAUUUCCAAAGAUCUAUAUCUGGACAGACAAUGAAGAUGGAGGAGUUUGUUACACAGAUGGAUGGACUUACAGAUAUGCAGACAAACCAAAGUAUUUCCAGUUCCAGUGGUUUUAAUUCUUCUUUGCCUGGGAUAUUGACUUCUGACAGCAGUACCUCAAUAAAUCCACACAGUGGUGCUGUUGAUCAAACUCCUGAGAAUAAACAAGCUCACUCAGAAGGAUUUUAUGCAGCUUUCACCUCCAUCACAUCUACAAAAACUGUAAAAUCCUCCAUCAAACAACAUGACUCAACCAGCACAGAGCCGUCUCUGUCAUUACCAUCUUCCUCACAGGGCUCCAGUGGGGCUCCUUCACCCACCAUCCACAUGGCAGAGAUUCCCACUGGUGUGGGCACUGUGGAGGCUGCUUUGCCUCCUCCACACACAGUUCAGAGUGAGUCAUCUGAGUCUGACAUUAGUUCUCGGAGAGCUGCUGUGAAGUCGACUGAUGGGCUGGACAAUACAGAUGGGUUUCAUCCAGUCACCCCUUCCACACAGAGUCAGACAAACUCUCCUGAAAACAUGGAGAGACUCUCUCAUUCCCUGCAUCCCUCCCCCACCCCGUCACAAACACCCAGAAUAGACAAACAAACGUCGACGAAAGGAAUGCAAAGAAGUGGGACUCAUUUGUACAUCACCACAAACAUGAUGAAAACUUUGUUUAAUGAGGAUGGAUCUUUUUCUACAACCAGACCAACACAAAUAAUCAAAUUCCAGACCUCAACAACUAUCAGACAAAUGCAUUCACCAUCGUUUAGUGAAAGUUUGAAAUCACCCAUGGAUUCAUCUACUCCUUCAUAUGGGCUCCAAAAACAAACUGGGCUUCCUGAUGGUACACAGGUGACUUUUCCCUCUUCAAUGGCUGAAUCCUCCACAGACACAAGCAGCAUGAACCCCAAAUCUACAUCUGAAUCCUCACAAAUCUUUCAUCUGUUCCUGCCGUCUUCUGCUACGGUGUCUCCAAACAAACACUUUACUACUAAAAAUACACCUUCGCACCCAUUGAAAUCUGAUAGUGGAGAUGUGAAGGAGACCACAUCCUGGCAGUGGUCUCCAAGUGGCACAAUGAAGCAUAAACGUCCAGGUGGACCUACUCAGGCCUUUCAUCCCAGCCAACAGAACCAUUUUGGUGUCACAUCACCAGCAUUUACCCCUUCAUUUAAGGGGAGUUCAACAAAAAGUCCCAUCUACUAUGUUGUUCCAAACCAACCUGCUACCGUUAGAGUGGAAUCAGUUGAGCUGCUGCUGCAGAUAGUUGUAGAAGAGUCUCGUUCCACUUCGACUGCUGGUUUGGAGGAAGACAUAAUGCCAUGGUUGGAGUCCUACCUGCAGAGAGCACCGGGCUUCUGUAAGCUGCUGGGAGUCUGGAGCAGUGGCCAGGCAGUGCAGAGCCUGGUUGUGUUUCAAACUAGUGAGGCUCUGCAGUGGCUCGGUGUAAGCGGGGCCACAUCACUUCUGGAACGAACAGGACUAGCUCAGGCUGUUCACCAGGGGAAGAUGUUCAGAUCAUGUCGGAUCACCAACAUCACUGUAGGAGGCCUGCAGGGCGAUGUGUGUAACUGGUUACUGCAGUGCCCAUCCGGGUAUAAAUGUGUCCUCCAGCCCGGCACCACCAACUACAGCUGCUCCUCUGCCUGCCACUAUGACUAUUGCCACCACCACGGCAUUUGCACACACCAUCCAGGGCAGCUUCCUGUCUGCCGUUGUCUUGUAGGGGAAGACUUCUGGUACAUGGGUCAGAGGUGUGACAUGAGGAUGACCAGAGCUCGGCUUGUAGGUGCAUGUCUCACCAUCUUACUCAUCAUAGUGAUGCUUAUUGGCAUUUUGGCUUGUUUGGCUGUGCGGCGCUACCGAGCCAUUCUAAUCCAGGCAAAAGUGGACCAAACUCGCAGCAGUUAUCAUAGGUUCAAUCAUUUCGAUGAGCUGUCGGGUCGGUUCUGGCUGCGUUCGUGGGCCGGAUCCGCAGAUUCUCUGGACAACCCUGCCUUCAUGCGGUCGGAUGAAUUACUGCAUCUGCAGGCACUUGACCGGCCUUGCUGUUACCACGACGACACACUGUCCCUUCCUUCCACCUGCCCCAGUCAUGGGAUGCGUAUCAACACAAUUUACCCCCACAGCUCCCAGUAUGGUUGGAGGGGCAGUGGGAUGAGCAUGGGGGAUGGUGUGUUGGACUCAGGAAAGGCCAGUGACCUGUCUGUGUGUAGCUGGCCUGUGGAACCCAUUCACUGGACUCCAUUCCCACUUCUGCAGCAGCUGGCAUCCCACAGAAAUCCUGCAGUCAGGAUGUCACGGCCGCGGUCCUACUGCGAAGGCAUGGAGCUGGUAGACAUGGGAAAGAGUUGGACUGCUUGAUGACCCAAGGAGCAAGAAAAUCUGUUUCAGUUUUUAUGUUAAACCUAAAUGCUUUGUUAAUAAAAGAUGUAAGGAAAUAA